UGAUACACUUUCGUACCACGCACGAUCUUAUGUAGUACCAAGCAUUACAAUCUUGGUAUAGACUGGUAAUAAAUAUCUCAAUUAGUUUUGUUACAAAAUAUAUCAUAAUGGAUAUCAUUUUGAAUAACACGAUAAAUUUGAUUUAUCUGUUAAAAUAAAUUACGACUUAAAACAAAAGAGAUAUAGCAUGUUAAAAUUUAUAGUGAAAAAGGUUAGUCACCUUCUAUAAAUAGUGACGUGGCAAUGAUGUGCAUGGUUAUGCACACUUAAAUUAUGCAAGGAUCCUCUCUCGGUUUUCAAUAAUCAUAAUUAUUAUAAUUUUAACGGAACAUAAUUUACUCAGGCCUCAUUUGAACCUUCAAUUCUAAUUUUGCCUUGUGAAUAUAUAUGCACCAUGCAGAAUACAUAAUUUUUUUACUUAAGUUGAACGCAGAAUGCAUGUAUUACAAAAUUAUGUAUACUUAAUCUAACAUUUUUUUUAGUAUGGUGCUAACACUCUCUCUAGCCAAUCAGAACAUUUCGCUUAAAUGAUUUUUCCAUUUAAAUGAGUUGACCACAAUUAAUGAGGGGGAAGGGGUAGAAGGGGCACACUUGGUAUUAUGAAAAAUUGGGGAAGGGGAGGAAGGAAGGAAGGGAGACCCUUCCCCAAGCAUGGUACAAUCUCCUCAAAGCAUGCCACAACCUCAAAACAGGUCAGAACCUCAAAUCAUGCCACAACCUCCUCAAACAUGCCACAACCACAAAGCAUGCCAAAAGUAGUGGACCUGUUUGUAAAUUUGAAAAAAUUUAGGUUCCAAAAUGUAAGGGGAUAAUUUCCGGAACUAAAAUAUAAUUUUCAUCAAUAUUUUUAGUACUCGAAUGUAAAAAAAUAAUUUGAGGUACUAAAUAUUAAUAGCUAUUAAGUUUACGUACCGAAAAUGUAAUUUAUAAAUGAAAUCUAGAAAAGGUACGUAAAUGAAACAAAAUGAGUAUGGAGAAGGGGAAGAAAAAAAUAAUAUAAUACACUUAAUAAAUAUGUUAGUAUGGUUCUAACACUUGCUAAACCAACUUAACGACUUAAAGUGAUGCGGCACCUUUGCUUGCAGUUGCAGGCUUGCAGGCUGCAGCCCACAGAAAUGAAUUGUGGUUCCUUUUAAAAAUAGUUUGCUAGCCAGUUGUACUUGUAUUGUACAAUCACCAUCCUAAAUUUGAAAGGAAAAAAUAAAAACAGAAUUAGAAAUGGGAAAUAGCUGCGGAAAUAGGAUUUUAAUUACCCCCUCGAAAACGAGAAGAAGAACAACUGACUACUAAUUAACAACAAAAUAUUUUCCUGAUAUUUGUUUUUGUCACGACUAAAAUACAAAACAUCAAUUAACUAAUCAAUUGUGAUAAUCAAAUCAAUCAUUUAACUCAAACAAACACUAAUAAAUCCCAGGGAAAAACUAAAAAGUAAGGGAAAAAACCCAAACCGAGCCUCUCUCUAUAAAUUCCGAAAACCCCUCUUUCCUCUCCCUUCAUCCGAACUGCCAAACCUCAAUCAAACGCCAUUACAUUGAUAAUCCUCGCCAUCGUGAUUGAGCUCUGCUGAAGAACUUGAUUCUCUUCCUCCGCCUGUCCCCGUCCCCGUUCCGGCCGCUGUCUAUGAGCGAAGGGAGAUAGAAGACGAAGAAGAAGAAGAAAGAAUGGUAGCUGUGGUGGAGCCCGCCACCGCUAAUUCCGUCGGUGGUGGCGGUAACGAAGCGAAUAUGUUCAAUGGAGCCAUCCCCAGGCCACCGCCGGGAAAUGAUGCUGCGUGUACCACUACGACGGCGACGGGGCAGCAAGCGACGGCUUCUCCUCCUUCAUCAAUGGCGGAUGAAUUGUGCCAUAUAUCUUGUACUACUUUCAACAUCCUGGCUCCUAUCUACAAGCGCCUCGACAAACAGAACCAAAGCCUCCGUGAAAGCGAUUUCAGAGCUUUCUGGCUAUCCCGGAACCAGAUGAUUUUGGAAUGGUUGCUUAUGGAAAGAACUUCCAUCAUAUGCCUCCAGGAAUUCUGGACGGGAAAUGAAGAACUUGUGCAUAUGUACGAGGACAAGCUCUGUGACGCUGGCUAUUUCACCUUUCAACUUGCCAGAACGAACAACCGGGGAGAUGGCUUGCUAAUGGCAGUGCACAAGGACUACUUUAGGAUUCUAAAUUAUCGGGAGUUGCUCUUCAAUGAUUUUGGAGACCGUGUUGCCCAGCUAUUGCAUGUUCAGUUGACAAUACCCUCUUCAUGUAGCAAUCGGAAAAAUGACACCCGGCAAGAGCUUCUAAUAGUCAACACACAUUUGUUAUUUCCUCAUAAUUCCAGUCUGUCCAUAGCGAGGUUGCAUCAGGUCUAUAAAAUAUUACAGUAUGUGGAGACAUAUCAACGAGAAAACAAACUUGGUGGUGUGCCUGUCGUUCUGUCUGGCGACUGGAAUGGAAGCAAAAGGGGCCGCGUUUAUAAAUUCCUUCGGUCUCAAGGGUUUGCAUCGUCGUAUGACAUUGCUCAUAAGUACACUGACAGUGAUGAUGAUGCUCACAGGUGGGUAAGCCACAGAAAUCAUAGGGGUAACAUCUGCGGCGUUGAUUUCAUAUGGCUCCGUAACCCUAAUGAACCAACCAAACCAUUAAAGACAAGUUGGGCCGAAGCAGCAUUUGGUAUAAUAAAGUGUCAGCUCCAAAAGGGUUCACUGAACGAUAGUGAUGCGUUUGCAUUUUUGAAGGCUGACAACCCUGGAGAUUUUAUAACGUACUCGAGUUUCUGUGAAGGGCUUCGCCAGGUUCACUUAAUCGGUCUUCCAUACGGACUGAGUUACCAAGAGACGAAAGAUUUAUGGAACCAAGCAGACAUAGACGGAAAUGGAAUCAUCGAUUACGAAGAAUUUAAGAAGAGGAUAUGGAACUCCUCGUGUCGUCUGGCUCAAAGAGACGAUAAUUACGCCGAAAGUCCAGAUUACGGAAAGGAGAUGGCGGAGGAAGUGGUCGGUUUCAAGGUGAAGGACGCCGUUCUGUUUCCACGAGAAGUGGAGCGAGGAAUGUGGCCGGAGAACUACUCUCUGUCUGAUCAUGCUCGGCUCACGGUCAUAUUUUCGCCCGUAAGAAUGCAGUUCAGGACGGCGGAGAGAGUAGGCUUAUGACCCAUAAGCGAAAUUUGUUCUGUAGGUUAAAGAUGGGAAAUGAGAGAAGGGUAGAGUAGAAAUUGGCAAGUAUGUAAAUGAAGAAUUAUUCCGUAUAUAUAGUUUUCUGCCUGCUUUGUUGGGCGAAUUUUGUAGCUAGUUGUCGACUUUGGCAAGAUUUUCAGGCAAAAGAGAGGGGCAAAAAAGAAAGAACAAGAGAGGAAACAUUUAUUAUAUAAACAUUUAGUUGUCGACUUUGGAGAAAAUUCACCCUCACCAUCUUUGGACAAUCAUCUAUUAUAUAAACAUUUAGCGAGGGAGGAUGAGCAUGAUUUUGGGUCUAAGAGAUAAUUACAAUUGUCGAAGGAUAUGGAUGAUCGAAGUUGUGAAGCAAGGGCGUCUAAAAUAUAGUUGUAGGACAUAGUCGGCUGGGUUGGGUUCUGAUACAUAACUGCACCAAAACCCAUAAUCUUCCUUGUCGGGGUCAACAAGAACUUGAUCUAGUUUUACUACCAUUAGUCUUGAACCUGAAGGUUCCAGGUUCAAAUCCCUUCAAUAUGACCUUACUAUAAAAUUGUUUUGGUAUCACCCUUACUAAAAAAACUCGCCUUGUCGGGUUCAAAGAAAAUGUUAUGUAGAUGUGUCUUCGGGAUGAAUUCUACGUAUUAAAUAUUUCAUUCUCAUUUUCCUACUUAAUUUCCUUUCCAUAUCUAACAAUAAACACUGAUUAAAUAAUAAAAUAAGACCCAAUCAAAUCCCCCGACACUAACAGCUCCAGCACGUUCACAUGUAUCAUUAAGAGAGCGCUAAUAAUUGAGUCCAUGUCUCCCCUUGUUUCCUUCCUACGAUACGAGCUACAACCAAACUUCACAAAACAGUGGCCCCAAACCAUACUUCAUUUUCGGAGUCCAUGUCAUCGGUACCGUGAAGAUGACCCUUUGUGGCAUGUGAGCCAAAAUCCUCGGUCCCUUCACCGUCAUUAGGGGUGUCCAUUUGGGUUUGGUUUUUUGGAUUUACCCGAAACUGAUCCUAUUAGAUAGAGUUUCAGCUUUUGGGUUCAGGUUUAUUUCGGAUCUCGGUUUUUUUGGUUUUGGAUUCAGUUUUACUUUUUGGUUUUUCAGGUUAUGUCUGAAAACCUCUAAAAAAUAGCACUCAGCCAGUAUUCUUAGGCGUUCGAAUUUUUGGGUUUCGGUUUUGCUUUAACCGAACUCGAACCCGAUAAAGAAUUUUCGGGCUUUGGGUAACCAGAAACCGAAAAUCCUUAUCGGGUUCGAGUUUAAUUUUCAGUGAUUUCGAUUUCAAGUUUUCAAAUUUUGUUGAAUUUCAGUUCGGGUAACCGAACCACCCGAACGGACACCCCUAACCGUCACCAUCAUCUACAAUGGGUGACUUGUGCGGUGGGACUAGCCUCUUCUUCAUCCAUAUCCCCUCAAGACUUGCACUAUGUUUGAAUUCUCGGGCCAAAUCAAAUGCAUUUGUACUAGUUAAAUUGAUACAUCGUCAAUUCACGAAUGAUAAUAUACAUAUAUAUAAGAGAAUUGGUGUAUUUUAGUUUAAAUCGUUUAGUUUCUGUGAUAGUUGUUGUAGUAUUUAAAUAAGUUAGAUUACUUUUUAGGUGAAAUGUCCACUUUUACUCUUUGCUUUUAAUAUAAAAAAGCAACACAUAUAAAAAGAUAGGGGCAUAGUUGGAAUAAUAAAAAUUCCAACAAUCUCACCCAAAACUUGACAUAAAACAUGGUUCAGGCUAGAGUACGUCAGGCGUACAUUGUACGCCCGUCGAGUGUUACUAUUCAGAGCACGAAUUAACCGGAGUUUGGAGCAUGAUACAAUACCCUAACCUCUGAUGAGUUAAUCUCAGUCCCUAAUUCUCUAACCCAACCCACAAGAUUCAUUUAAUCUAAAAUUACAGACUGUUAGGGAAACAGUAUGGAGAAAAAUGGAUUGAAGGCGUGAUUAAUCACUCUCCUUAGAGUGUUAUUUGCCCCCACUACGUUGUUGCUGGUAGGAAUUAGGCAAACCACCCUCAGGAGUCCCUUCAACCUAAGUCCGAAAGCAGCACCUUUAUGACUUCUUUGUUUGUGUUUUUGGAGAAGGAAAAAACGAGGAGAAGAAGAUGAACGUUAGAACUCAAACUUCUGGUCAACGUCUCUUAUAUCGUGAGAAAACGACAGUUCCCUUCUCAAAGGUUACGUCGUUUCACAAAACUCAAAUUCAAUUCAUUAUCCGAAAUUAAUUAAUAAAAAUUAAUUCUAGAAAUUAAUUAAAUAGCCAAAAAUUCAAUUCCCUAACGUUGUCGCUUAAACGUGCAAAGUGGUAAUUGCAUGGUCAAUUUAAUAUGUCAAAUUAAAUAGCCCCAACUUUUUCCAAAAGCCCACUAACCACUUUAUCCAAUAAACUAAAGUGGAAAGCAAAGUUAAAAACCACUUGCACCUUCCUUCUCCCACCAAUGUGGUAUUUCCUAUAACUCUUUUGACUACACUAACACAGACAUUUUUUAUUCAGCGAAAUAUAUUGAAGUGCAAAAACCAAGCUGCCUGUGGAGGCCUCGUCGGCUGAACACAGAACCAAGUGUGCCCGAAGGCUGUCUCGGCUCAAUAUGCCUUCAACGAUUUUGAAGUCACAUCGUGUCUUUGGCAGCAAUCUCGUUAAAAUCACAUGUCUCUAGCGAACCGAUGCCAAAAUCGCCGGACACAUCAUCGAACCAACUCAAAUUUUAGUAUUUUGGAAUAUUUUAGUGUAAGUUGUAUUUUGGAAGGAAAAAAGAAAAUGUUCUGAAUGGGUAUAUAUUUCAAUAAAAUUAAUCCCAUUUGCAAAUCAAGACAAAAUCUGGAAUUUGUAUGUUCACCAGAGUGACCACACUGCUCCUCUUGCAAGUGGACAUAAAUUCCAUUUUCAGCUUUCACUGGUAUAACAUAUGGUAUAUUUGCACUCCGUCACUUGCCUCUGUCCUUAUCCUAGGUUACGGUAUAUUUGUAAGGAAUGAGUGGGAUACUCUGAAUAGCAUCUAAUUGUUAAAUUCCAAAAUUUAAUAUUUUUUAUAAUUUUUUUUAAUAAUAUUAUGAUAUAGUUUAAAGUCACAUUUAGUCCAUGAAUUACUACAAAAACUAAACCGUACAUAUCAAAUCCUAUGCAGUGAAGUGAACCCUAAAUUGUAAAGAUCCGUGGUAUAAAUUGAUUAGUUAGAAACAUUAAACCUUUGUUAGCAUGACAUAGGAAUUUAAUAUUACAAAUAUAAUUAUGGUGCAGAGGGAAUAAAGUGGCAAGAUUCUAAAGCCAAGAUUCACGUAAAAUUAAAGUUGGAAAAUAGUUAGUGCCAUAUCCACCCAGCCAAUAGGUAAAUACUCUAGUUUGGCCUCAAGUGUCAAGUUUGGUGUAAGUGUUACUUUUGGUCUAAAUUUUUCAAUAAAAUAUUUAUGGCCAAGUUUUUAAAUUAAUGGACAAAAUUGGCCCGAAAUUUAUGUUGAUCAUUAAAAUUGACGGUCAAUGUUUUUUUUUUCUAUUAAUGAAUUGAAACAAUCAAGUUGACAUACUAUAUGAUGGGUACCUGCCAAUGCCUCUUUAAUCACUAGGCGAUUUUCCUCCGUGACUUGGCAAUUCUCCACCAUCAUCUUGUAGGUCUCCUCCACUAUCAAAACGAGUGACAAGACUACCAUGGCUACAUAUAGGGCUGGAAGUUUGGUACUGGUAUUUGGGAUAUACCGAAUACCGUACCGAAUUUAUCACUAUUUGGUAUUAUCGAAUACCGACUUAUUUUUUAGGGAUUGGGAUUCAUUUUGGAGUGCUAUUCGGUAUUUGGGAUUAUGGGAUUGGGAUCGAUAUAUACCGAAAUAUCGAGAAAUACCAAAAAUUAAAAUUUAAUGAAAUAUAACACACAACCUUUAGUCAUUCCUCACUCUUUCACAACUUAGAAGCCCCCAUCCAACUCAAUUUUGACUUUUCAGUUUAAGUGACUCUAGUUUCUCACCUAAUCUCUUGUUAUUUUCAUAACACCAUAAAGCAAACACUAGUAUUAGUUUUCUCUCAACCUCCAAUUCAUCUAAUGAAGGAUUGCCAUUGACAAGAAUUUGAGAUUUCACCUCUCCUCCAUUCUCCUUAUCCAUAUCCUAGCUUUAGGCAAACUCAAGACUCUUUGCUUAGUUUUUUUGCUCUAAAUUAAACAAUCAAAUCUAAUUUAUAUAUUUAAUUAUUACUUGCAAAGGUAAUUAAUUUCGUAUUCAAUAAUACCGAUUGGGAUACCGAAAUAUUUAGGGAUUGGGACUGGGAUACCGAAAUUAUUUAGGAAUUAGGAUUGGGAUUGAGCUUAGGGUGUAAUUCGGUAUUCGAGAUUUCAGUAUUUGGUAUUGGGAUACCGAUAUCGUACUGAUUUCCACCCCUAGUUACAUAAACAGAAGGUACAGACGAAUGCAAGACCUCAACAAUGCCAUUGUUUCCGACAACAUAUUUUGUUGCCUGGACAAGGUCAAACUUAAACAUUGGCAUCUUCACAACUCUAAGUGAAAUAUAACCUUCUUGUGGUCUCUGUCUCGGAGCUAUCAAAUCAAACACAAGGGUCCCACCAGGUGUGCCAAUUUGUUCUCCAGCGAGGGAACUCUUGUGUUUGAUAUUAGUGAAUUGCACCUUUGACUUCCUGAACAACGACAAUAACACGGUUCACAACUCUCCAAAAAAUGUUCAAACGAGAG